CUUCCCCUCAGGGUCCCACUAAAUCCCCCCCUCUGUCCCCUCAGGGUCCCCCUAAAUCCUUUCAUUCCCUCAGUGCUCUCAGGGUUCACCCGUCCUCUUAGCACCCAGCUGGGUGCCCCCAUUCCCUCAGGAUCCCACUAAAUCCCCCUGUCCCCUCAUGAUCCCACUGAAUUCCUCCAUCCCCUCAAUACCUACCUGGGUACCACAUCCCCUCAGAUCCCAGUAAAUCCCCCCUCUCCCCAUAGCACUCAACCAGGUCUCCCAUCCCCUCAGAUCCCACUAAAUCCCUAGUCCCACUUGGUGCCCCAGGACCCAUUUCCCGUUGGAAGGGGGAAUUUCCCAAGCGGAAUUUCAGCAGGGCUGCCCUGCAACCCUUGGCCGGGCACCAUGUUCUACGUCCAUUUGCUCAUCAGCAAGCGGGGGCCGCUGGCCAAAAUCUGGCUGGCUGCCCACUGGGAGAAGAAGCUCACCAAGGCACAUAUCUUUGAGUGCAAUUUGGAGGCCACCGUGCAAAAAAUCAUCUCCCCAAAGUUUGCUAUAGCUCUGCGAACCUCUGGACACUUACUCCUGGGAGUGGUGAGGAUUUACCACAGGAAAGCCAAGUACCUCUUGGCAGACUGCAGUGAAGCUCUGACCAAGAUGAGGACGGCCUUUCGCCCAGGGCUUCUUGACCUUCCAGAGGAGAACUUUGAGGCUGCUUAUCAGUCCAUUACAUUACCUGAAGAAUUUCAUGAUUUUGAAACACCACUACCAGAUGUAAAUGCCAUCGAUGUUGCUGAACAUUUUACCUUGAAUCAGAGCAGAGCUGAAGACAUCACACUCGCAGAGGAUUACGAAAGCAGUAUACCUCUCUGUGUCAGAAACUUUGAGGAAGAAGCAGAUGCACUGAGAAGACAAAGCUUCCUUGAGGGCAGCUUCCUGACGAGCAGUAACAGUCUGGGGACUGAUCACAACUCGGCCAGUGCCAGUGGUGACAAGUCUGUGCUGCAUGAAGAUGUGUUCUGCUUCCAGCAUGACUGCUUUGGAGAUGAGGAGGAUGCUGCAGAUAUGAUUGAAAUCCUGUUGAGGGAUGAGCAAAAUGGCCUAGAUAAAGACAUCCUGGACAUGGAGGAAGCACGCCCUUUGUCACCAGAUCUGCCGGAGAACAGCACAACCAUUGAAUCCAACUGUGCAGACACCACCAUGAAGGACGUAAGUCACACAAUGAAUGAGACAUUCCUUCUGUUCAGAGAAGAAGGAUUUGUGCUUGAGCCAGUUGAUGACACAGCUGUCACCCCAAGGAAAAGAAACAAAAGAAAAAGGAAGCUGCUGGUGGAUGUACAGAAGGAGCUCAGCUGCAAUGCCAUUUACAACCAGCUCACCAACUGCACAGACAUCCUGGCCACGCUGGAACUCGCUCCCCCAACCAAGAAGACGAUGAUGUGGAAGGAGUGGGGGGGUGUGGAUAAACUCCUGUCCCACUCCACGCAGCCCGUGGUUCACGCUGACCUGCAACAGCUGUUUGAAAAAUGCUUCAAGAGUGUCAGAUUUAAGAUGAGAGGAGGUGGAGUACAGAGGGUCUCUGAAAUGGAAGAAAUGCGAAAAGAGCAAGAUACCACAGGGAUGCUGCCAGUAGAAGAGCCAAGUUACCUGCAGGAGUCAGCUCAUUCUGAGACUGAGAGAAAUAUUAGAAAUGAUUCCUUUAUGAUUAUUCCACCACGGAAUGCCAGAAAUGAAACCAAUGAGAACUGUGAUGAAACCAUACUGGAUGGGGCAGCUUUCUCCGAGAGCUCAAAAACUUCCUUGGGCCAGGAAGCUGAAGAACAGCAGGUGGAGGUGCCAAAGGAGCAAAAAAGGAUCAAGAAGGACAGUGAAGAAAUAAAAUGGAGCAAAAGAACUCUUCAGUUACACAAAACUUUACAGCACCUGAGGAGAUCAGGCUCGUGCUCCUUCAGUUUUCGGGAGCUCUGCCGGAACAACAGCCGGAAAGAAGCGGCAGCCAAGUUUUACGUCCUCCUGGUCCUGAAGAAGCAGCAGGUCCUGGAGCUGCGGCAGCGCGAGCCCUUCGCGGACCUCACGGCCACGGCCGGGCCCAUGUUCGGCACAGUGGGAUCAGCUCACCAAAACACACCUUAGGGGACGUCCUUGCAGCAAAUGGUUUUCCUGGGAAAAGGGUUGAGCGUCUUGUCAAAGCGUGGGAGCUGAGCAGAGAGCUCUCCCUGCCAUUUACACCCCUCAAGCAGUGGCCUGUGCGGGUGUGCUGCCCCAGGUGCUCACUGCUGGGCUUGGCUUUAAUAUUUAUGGUUAUAGGAUGAGUUAUAGGAUGGUUAUAAGAUAGGUUAAUAAAAUACCAUUAAAUAUAUAUUCUAUAUAGGGGAUUUACAUUGUCGGGGAUUUUAUAAAAGUCCUUGAAGGGUUUUUAUAGAAGUCCUUCAAAGCCUUUUUCGGGGACCACCUUUGGAGAUUACAUUAUUUUUGUCGAGGCUUGUGUCUGUUAAUCCUCUCACACCAUCAGUAAGAGAUGUCUGUUAACUCCCCUUGGCAAAAAAUUUAGUUAAAAUUAUUCCUUUCAAAGAAUGUUUAGUAUUUGAUAUUUUAAGAUCUAGUAAGGUCCUGUCUCCGGUGUUGAUUUUUGUGUGUUCAGGCAGACAGAGGUUACACUGGCCCUAGAAGGGUCCAUAAGCUUUAGGAAGAAAUUCUAUUUCCUAGGAAUCCUGCUAUGUCAGAUUUCACAGAGCUUGUUUACUUAUUAGCACCUUUAUUCACGUGUAGAUUUACUUAAAAAUUGAUGUUAACAGAAAUGUUACUAGUUCCUUGUAUUUUUGUCUAAUUUAAGAUAAAUUUUACCCCUUUCACUGUUAUCUUCUGAAGCUCUUCGUUUUGUUGCCUCCAGCAGGCACCACAGGGGUGGUUGUGCCCCCACUCAGGUGCUCUGGUGCUGUGGGGACACUACUUCAUGUGGAAUCGAUAAAAAUUAGAUGUUUCCUUCA